UUUAACAGCAACCCCUGGGGGGAUGUAAGGUCAUUUCCCAAUUUCCGUAGUCUAUGGAGCAUUUUUGCCAUGUUCGGGAAUCGGGUCUUCACAAAUCCCAAUGUCGUUACGCCAUACGGAUCUCUGAGCCACCGGUUCGUGUCCGUUUCCUUCAUUCGUCUUCACCCUAUUAAAAACCCCAUUCCGGUAUUCAACCUCUGUGUCUCCCAUUUCCUUUCGUGACUUUCCUGCAAUCGAGGGUUUAUAGUUUUCCGCCAUUAACGACUCUCAAUCUUUGAUACUGCUUCCCUAUUCUCAUUUUUUUAUAUUUUAAUUCUCAAUUAUUUUCUUUGUUUCUGUUCUGAGUGCACCUGGCGUUCGGUAAUGACGCCGUCUCGAUUCCUUUAAACCCCAUACUUUAGGGGAAAUCUUCGUUCUUUAUAUUCGUAAAUUAGUUUUUCUAUCUAUCGGAUUGAUGAUCCUCGUUUUUUGAUAAUUUGUGAUCAUGGAUGGCGUUAAUGGUACCAAUAACACGGCAGUUUCAACCACGAGCACGAGCUCGAGCUCGACUCCGAACGCUAAUGCUCCGCCGCCGUUUCUUAGCAAGACCUAUGACAUGGUCGAUGAUCCGUCGACGGAUUCGAUAGUUUCUUGGAGCCCUAGCAACAACAGCUUCGUUGUCUGGAAUCCACCUGAGUUCGGCAGGGAUCUUUUGCCCAAAUAUUUCAAGCACAAUAACUUCUCCAGUUUUGUCAGACAGUUGAACACAUACGGAUUUAGGAAGGUUGAUCCAGACAGAUGGGAAUUUGCAAACGAGGGGUUUCUAAGAGGGCAAAAACACUUGUUGAAGAGUAUUAAUAGGAGAAAGCCGCCCCAUGUUAAUAACCAACAGCAACAGCCUCAGGGACAGAGUUCUUCUGUUGGAGCAUGUGUUGAGGUGGGGAAGUUUGGGCUGGAGGAAGAGGUCGAGAGACUCAAAAGGGACAAGAAUGUGCUUAUGCAGGAGCUGGUUAGGCUGAGGCAGCAGCAACAGACAACUGAUCACCAGUUGCAGACCAUGGGGCAACGCCUUCAGGGAAUGGAGCAGCGGCAGCAGCAAAUGAUGUCAUUCUUGGCGAAAGCCAUGCAGAGCCCUGGCUUCUUAGCCCAGUUGGUGCAGCAGCAGAAUGAGAGCAACCGGCGAAUAGCUGGAGUGAACAAAAAGCGGAGACUGCCCAAGCAGGAAGAUAACUCAGAAGGUGAGCAUGCUGCAGCUGCUGAUGGACAGAUUGUAAAAUAUCAGCCUCUGAUGAAUGAGGCAGCAAAAGCAAUGUUCAGGCAGAUUCUGAAGCUUGAUGCUUCUCCCAGACUGGAAUCUCCUAACAGCAAUAGUGAUAGCUUCUUGAUUGAUGAUGUAUACUCACCACCCAACGUAUUAGACAGUGGCAGCACUUCAAAUCGGAUCUCAGGGGUGACACUCUCAGAAGUCCCACUUACUUCUGGAAAUCCGUAUUUUCCAGUUACCAGCUCGGGUUUUCCAGAGAAUUGUCCCUCAACUGCCAUAUCUGAUAUCCAAUCUCCAACUACUUUAGCAGAAGACAUGGUUACUACAACAGCUCCAUUCUCAGAUAUGAGCGUGUUGGGUGUGGUGCAAGAUACACCCAUCGUGCAGACGGACAUGGUUAUGCCCGAGUUCACACAAAUUCCAGGAAUGGUGGCAGAAACUAAUGUUGUUGAUCUUACUGGUGGGAGUUAUGUUGGGACUGAGACUGAGAAUGGUGCAUUCAUGGAUUCAAUGUCCAAUGAGGUUGAUGGGACAAUACCAAUAGAACCCUCACUAGACACUGAUAUGGAUAUUUUGCUUGAUGGGAUACCUAAACUUCCAGGUAUAAAUGAUGUCUUCUGGGAGCAAUUUCUGGCUCCAAGCCCACUCUCUGGUGACACAGAUGAGAUUGACUAUGUCACACCUGAAGGUCCUAGCAAGGAGAGAGAACCAACAAAGGAGAAUGGAUGGGGAAAGGGUGAGCAUAUGGAGCAGCUAACAGAACAGAUGGGGCAUCUUACAUCAGAAGCCAAAAGUGUAUAAUUGGUUUUAACUUUAUCCCUGCGUAGUCAGCUGUAACCGUAACUCAUGCUUUUAGAGUCACCGUCAUGAUAACCAGGGUGGUCCUCUUUUGAGAUCUUCGACAAGCAGGUACCGAAGAGAAUAUGACCAUCUUCAGGAUGCACGUAUACAUCCCAGCUUGUGCAAGGUCAACAAAUUAAACAAAGCAGUGAAGGUGGAAGGGCUCCCAGUGCUGUUGUAUGAUGAUUUGCUUAAGUCAAUGUCCUGCUUGGCAGACUGGCUUUGUUUUAGAGGGUAAUCCUAUUAAAUAGAGGAUAUAGUGGAAGCUGUUCUAAAUUUUAUUUUUCUGGGAGUCCUUCAUCCGACACGUUUUUUCUUCGUCUGUAAUAAUUUUUUCUUAGUGCAUUGACAACUGUUAUGUGCAUGGUGAUAGUUGAUUGGAGAACA